AUGCCAGGCGCCGUGUGUUCCUCGCUGCUGCUCGUAGUCGUGUGGGUGUGCCACGCCCGGGAGGUUCUGCCGCCCAAGGCCUAUGAGAACCGUACGUUGUACCCGGUGGUCCCAGCGUACGACCGCCGCCCGUUGCUAAGCAUCGGCGUCCUCAGUGAUAUUCAGUACGCCGACAAGGUGGAAAAGUCGCGACGCUACUACCGCCGCAGCCCCGCCAAGGUUGAGCACGCCGUGCGGGAGAUGAAUGCCAAUCGCAGUCACCUGGACCUCGUUGUGCACCUUGGCGACACCGUCAACCACAAUAUUGAGAGCAACCUUCCGGUGAUUGAUUCGCUUCUGAAGCAGCUGCAGUUUCCUUUUUUUCAGGUGCUUGGGAACCACGACUUUUUUCAACUGAGCGACGCACGCCGUGACGGGGUUCCUCGUUUGUUGGGGAUGCCGGCGCGGUAUUACAGUCUUCAGGCAGGAGAGGGCGGCGUCUUCCUUCUCAUUGUGCUCGACGGGACGGAUCUCUCGGUGUUCGCAACAAGACCCGGCACUGCCAGACGGGACGAAGCGACCGCCAUGCUGCAUCGUCAUCGUCGUCGGAAAAAUGCUUUGGCUGUCAAUGGUGGUAUCGGCGAGGAGCAAAUGCGGUGGCUUCGCAUGCAACUGGAGUACGCCGUUGCGCGGAGGCUGGCGGUGCUGGUAUUCUGCCACUUCCCUAUGUAUCCCUACGAAAAGCAACUUAACCUUUGGAAUGACAAGGAGGUUGUGCGCCUGCUCUCCAAUUAUUCCUGCGUGGCCGCGGUGAUUUCGGGCCAUACCCACCGCUGGGAGUAUGAGCAGCUUGUGGCGGCCCACAAGGAAGGGGACUUCACAAUUCACUUUGUCACGUUUGGCGGCAUGGUGCAGUCCCCGUUUACCUCCUGGGGCUUCAUCGAGGCCUAUGCGACAGAGCUGCACCUGUACGGCCUGAAUUUCGGUAGGGCCUUUGACUAUCGUGUACGAAUCCGCAAGGUGGUGGGGGAGGCUGCGGCGCCACACUCCUCUCGCCGGAAAAGUGGUGUACGAGUGGUCUCUCGCUGUUGCGAUGACCAGGCGGGGCCGCAGCACAUCGUACAACAGCCCGCGCUUGCUUACUCCGUCGAGGAGGCCGAAGUUAUUUCACGUUUAAUGGGGUUCGAGGUUGCGAUUCUGUUCUCGCUACUUGUCCCCACUGCCCUUCUGUGGUGGGGGUGCUGGAGGAGCCGACGGCGACGCGGUAAAGGCGUCGGCGUCAGGUGCAGCAUUCUGACGAGGUAA